AUGCUCUUCACGACCUGGAACGUCGGCUACGGCCCAAUCGACGAUUUUCAAGCGUCCCUCGGCCACAAUGAGCUCGAGCAAACCAUGAGAGACACUGCCUUCGUCGGCAAAGACGGUCACACGUCCCCCACGCUGCAGCAAAUCCUGGAGCUAUCUGACAGAGACUGCGGCCGUCGAAUGGUCCACUCUUUCAAUAGCAAAGACGAGUUCGCUCGUGUCCAUCGCGAAGGCACGAUAACGGAGAUGGCAAACGAGGCCUCGGCCAUCAAGCGUUUCAACGAAGCACCUACGACGAGAUACGCCUGGGUUAUUGCUCCUGUACCGGGACCAUAUUCCCUCAUCUCGUCGGAUUUACAGAAGCAGUGGAUGGUCCUCGUUGAGUUGCCUUCAACCCCGGAAAGGCAUUUCCCUGACGAGGGCGAGAUGUGCAAGAUCUCUUUCAAACGAGAUUUUGUUUGCAAGGGUAAACAGUACAACCCCGGCACUCUUCCAGCACAACGAAUUCCCAACCCUUACGAGACAAUUUUGGAGAUGUCCCAAUAUUCCUUGCUUGCGGCAUUCAAUGUCACUAUGGACUACGUCGCCGACCCUGCCACGAAGGAACAGUAUCACCCACUCUUGUCGAUCGCGGUCAGCCAGAAUAUGGAUUACAGUCUUGGGCAACCACCUCUCAAUCUUCAGAAUGCCACUGAGAUCAAUCUCCGGGUUGAUCAGAACCCUGUCACGUACGAAGCUGAACUGAUGGCAUUGAGCAUCUUGACUCAACCGAAGAAAGAAGCAAACGCAUUGUCGGAAAACACAACUGGGACCUUUGAGUACUUGCUGGAUUUUCGGAAAGAGCCAAGCUUCUACGUCAACAUGUUCGACAAAAUUCCACACAUGGACAACCCUGCUAGCCAUUCGAACGCGUUCCUGCAGUCGGCUUAUAGUCGACUGAACAGAGACCACAAGAACGUUUACGAGCAACUUCGUCGAAUCCCAGCGGGACUUGCAAUAAUUCUUGGGUGCCCCGGGGCAGGAAAGACGGCACUGAACGCCUUCAUCUCUGCCAUGGCUGUAUCUCAAUCGCUCAACGUGGUGCGCGAUGAUGGGAAGAAAGUAUGCAAGCCGGUCAAAGUUCUUUAUCUCCUUGAUGUCAAUUAUCCCUGCGAUGACGCAGCCGACAGAGUGUAUGCAACCUUGAAGGACGCCAGAAUCAAGAAGUCGGUCAUUCGGGUUCGAGGUUGCGCUCGCGAGAUGCGAAACAGUACAAAGCUUCACCCAGCACCCCUAAAAACUGAGGAUGACGAACCUGAUUUUACCGCUGGAUUUCUCAGACAAGCCCGUGCUUCUAUCGCUCUAUCACACCGCACCCAUUCGCCAAAUGAAAACCGUGGCGAUCGAGCGCCAACCCUGGAUGAGGCUGCCUGGGAAAGGUACGGUGCUGACCGAAGCCAACACAAGUCGUUGACGAAGAUACUCGAAAAGCUCGAAAAGGGUGCGAUCAAAACCAAAAGAACGGCCAGAGAGCUGAAGUCUCGUGUGGCUGGACUCUAUUUCUCCGUGAUUCAAGAUGCCGACUUCAUCGCGACAACCCCCGUUGCAGCCUCUGGAUACCUCAGCAAGAAAUUCACGCCAGAUAUCGUGUUCCUGGACGAAGCCGCACAUGCCAGAGAGCUCACAGCUCUAAUCCCGAUUGCAUUGUACUCGCCUUGUGCGUUCAUCCUUACCGGCGAUACCCGACAAACCAGACCCUUCGUUGAGGGCGGCAAGGGCACUGAGAAGGAGAACGUUUAUGCAAAACAACUCAUGAUAAGCACCAUGGAAAGAGCGGAUCUCGCCGGGGCUUUGAAGAGCAAAUUGCUCAUCAGCCACCGAAUGUACGGAGACCUACAGGUCUUGGCGUCAGAGUUGUUCUACGAUGGGCAACUGACCUCAGGAAUACCCGAGGCUGAGCGUUUUUCAGACCCAGUACGUCACAUGCAGCGAUGGCUCGGACAAUUCACUAGGGGCCAGGAGUGCGUUGUGCCUCGAAUACUCCUGAACCUACGAUAUUCCAGGGAAAUGAGAGACAGAUCGAGCUUCUACAACCCGGUUCACGAGAACUUCAUUAAGCAACGCUGUUACGAGCUGCUCAGAAACACCGAGUUCAGACAGGUUAGCAAACCUGACCAACCCGGACGGAUUUUGAUCAUCACGCCGUACAAAGCUGCUUUGGUCCGAUACAAACAGUUUAUCAAAGUCCUCCCGCCUCACUUCCGCGGAAGACUGGACAUAGAGCUACGAUUCAACGCUCUGGAGGCCCGCACGGUAGACUCUGCCCAAGGACAUGAGGCAGAUUUUGUGUUUGUGGACACGGUAAGGACGAGGUGUGCUGGAUUCCUCGACGACCCGAAGCGGUUGUGCGUGAUGCUCUCUAGAGCUCGGCUUGGAGAGAUGAUUCUGAUGCAUGAGGGCAUGACGAAGAAAUGGGUCCACGAACAGCAACAACAUCAGAAUGCGGAGUGGACUACGAAGGUGUACGAUUAUUGUCGCAAGAACGGCCAGCUGCACUAUUUUGGCUGA